GACCAGAUGUGACGUUGAGAGCUUCAGUCUUCAGGCUCUACUGCGCAGCUGAUCGCGGCUCCGCGCAUCUGUCGACGACAAAACACGUUCAGGCCCACGGAUGCGUCCCGUCAGGCUGGAGACCCACGACUGCGGGGCUUUUGGGGAGAUAACGCAACUGUACCCGAGAGCUGAGAGGGAGCGAGGGGAUGCGGUCUCUCCCUCUCUGAUGCCAGAAUGAGAACGUACACUCGCGGGGCACCAACAGUGUUCUUCAUAAGUGCACUGUGGGUUCUGGCUGCCCCCGGUCCGGCUGCGGUGGACCCCACUGGAGGAGUGGCGUUUUUGGGAGGGAACUACGAGGGAACGCACCCCAUGCUGUACUUCGGCCUGACGGAGGUGGAGGAGCUCCAGCGGGCCGCCAUCGGGACGCACAAAGCAUUGGCUCAACAGAUCCGGGAGGCUGGGGAGGCUAUUCUAGAGCGUCCUGAGGAGUACCUGCCCCCCUGGAGCCCUGCUGAGUUCAGUGCCCGCUGGAAUGAGGUGUACGGAAAUAACCUGGGCUUGCUCUCCAUGUUCUGCAUGCUGUACCCGCACCGCGCCGGGGCUCUGGACGUAGCCAAGGAAUACAUGGAGCGCAUGGCCGCACAGCCCAACUGGAUGGUGAAAGAUGCUCCGUGGGACGAGGUCCCGAUAGCUCACUCUCUGGUCGGCUUUGCCACGGCGUUCGACUUCUUAUACGAGUACCUCAGUAAAGGCCAGCAGGAGCGUUUCAUCCAGGUGAUUGGGAACGCCUCACGCUACAUGUAUGAGAAGUCUUACCACCGCGGCUGGGGUUUCCAGUACCUGCACAACCAUCAGCCCACCAACUGCGUCGCUCUUUUGACUGGCAGUCUAGUACUCAUGAACCAGGGAUACCUGCAGGAAGCAUACCUCUGGACUAAACAGGCGAUUUCCAUCAUGGAGAAAUCUAUGGUGCUUCUCCAGGACGUGACCGAUGGCUCUCUGUAUGAGGGUGUCGCGUAUGGAACUUACACCACUCGUUCACUCUUUCAGUACAUGUAUCUGGUGCAGAGACAUUUUGACAUCGGCCACUUCAGUCAUCCCUGGCUGCAAAAACACUUUGCAUUUCUCUACAGGACACUUUUGCCUGGUUUUCAGAGAACUGUUGCAAUUGCAGAUUCCAACUAUAACUGGUUUUAUGGGCCAGAGAGUCAGUUGGUCUUCUUGGAUCGGUACGUAAUGCGAAAUGGCAGUGGGAACUGGCUGGCUGAGGUGAUCAGACAGAAUCGGGUUCUGGAGGGCCCUGGACAGGCAGGCAGGGGUCAGCGCUGGUGCACACUGCACACAGAGUUCCUCUGGUAUGAUGCCAGUCUGCGGCCGACCCCACCUCCUGAUUAUGGAACAUCCCACCUUCAUCACUUCGAAGAUUGGGGAGUGGUGACCUAUGGAAGUGCCUUGCCUGCCGGGAAAAACCACACAUUUCUCUCCUUUAAGUCGGGGAAGCUUGGUGGACGUGCUAUAUUCGACAUUGUUCACCAAAACAAGUACAAAGACUGGAUCAAAGGGUGGCGGAACUUCAAUGCAGGCCAUGAGCACCCAGAUCAGAACUCCUUCACCUUUGCUCCCAAUGGAGUCCCGUUUAUCACAGAGGCUUUGUAUGGACCUAAAUACACCUCUCUCAACAAUGCUGUCAUGUUCGGGCCUGCUGUGUCCGAGAGCUGCUUUGCACCAUGGGAAGGCCAAGUUACUGAGGCUUGCAACUCGAAAUGGCUUAAGUAUAAGCACGGACAAGCAGCAGACUGCCACGGUCAGGUGGAGGCGGCUCUAGAGCAGCAGGGUAUGGUGUUUAUUCGUGGAGAGGGUCAAGCAGCAUACAACCCCGAGCUGAAGAUCAAGAACUUUCAGAGGAACUUGCUCCUGCUUCAUCCUCAGCUGCUGCUGAUGGUGGACCACGUUGAGCUGCAUUCGGGCAGCCUAACGCGCAGCAUGAGUGCCUUCUUCCACAACACAGACCUGCCUUUCCUGAAAACCCAAAUCGAUGGAGUUCACGGAGCCCUGAUUAGACAUGGAAAUGAAACAUCUAAGAUGUUCUGGUUGGACGACACAGGCAGUAGUGAGAAAGCAGUUGUAGGAUAUAGGAGCUACCCCCGCGGAUACCCAUAUAAUGGAUCCAACUAUGUGAACGUCACUAUGCCUCUGAGGUACCCAACCAGCAGAUUAGCCUACAUCUUCUUUGGAUCAGGAGUGGAUGUGCAGAGUUUCAGCGUACAUGGAGACUCGGAAAGACUGGAGAUCUAUCUGGCCACCAGAGAUCACACCUACAACAUAUAUCUGUUCACAGAUCAGCUGCCCACCAAACCUAUGGCCAUGGUGUUGGUGGACCAGCAGAAAGUGGUGUUUGAAAGGACAGCAGGGAUCAAAGAGCAGCCAAUAGAGGAAGUUGAGGAGUAUGCUAAUGUUGUAGAGGACAACCUUCAGCACGUCAAACCAGUCUUUCAGCAGCUGGAAAGGCACAUCCUUUCUCGGGUGCUUAACACAGACACCUUCCACAAAACUGCCGAGCGCCUCUUAAAAUCCUCAGACAAGAGGAAGACCUCUGGGAAUAUCCAGAAGAUGUUUUCCCUUUCGAAGAAGAAGGGGAAAGGAGGCAAGAAGACCAGCUUCUCCGACAGCCUCCCGGACAUCUUUGCACAGAUUGAGGCGAGCGAGAAGAAGGAGAGGCAGCGGACCGUGAAACGCGUCUACGAGGAGCUUCCCGAGGAGGGAGAUGGAGACUCCCGGGCCUUCGUUGAUUAUAGUGACUUAAGAAAGGGCAAGAAAGUGGGGUUUGUAAAGGGGCGGAAAUUCAAAGAAGUUCGUGUGGGAGCUACGGCGGAGAGUGAGGAUGUGUUUAGCACCACCUCCUACAUUCGCCUUUUCCUCAUUUCGAACAUAGCCACUUUUUUUGUGCUCCUGGCCGUGCUGUUGACACGCUUCCAGAGGGCGCAGAGUUUGCACACGCAGCGCUGCCUGUACUGUGUGCUCCUUAUUGACAGCUUCGUCUUGCUUUGCCUGUACUCCUCCUGCUCUCAGGCACAAUGCUAACAGCAACACAACAGUCCAUACUGUAAAGCAAGGGGUCAGCAAUCUCAGUCCUGGAAGGCUGGUGUCUCUGCAGAGUUUAGCUUCAUCUUGCCUCAGCACACCUGCCUGGAAGUUUCAAGUAUACCUAGUAAGAGUUUUAUUAGCUUGUUCAAGUGUGUUUGAUUAGGGCUGAAGCUAAAUUCUGCAGGACACCGGCCCUUCAGAAACAAGCUUGGUGACCCCUGCUGUAGAAGAAUAUGCCUGUUUACAGCACAUGGCUCCUUCUCAGAGACCUGGAGUCUUUGUCUUGUUUCUAGUCCAAAUAUCUAAACAUUCUUAACCCCUUCAGACCCUGCGUCCAUAACAAUGGACAUCACAUGACAUCCCAUUUUUCUGAAACUUGGAACAUAAUUCAGGUCUGAAGGGGUUAAAUCAAGAAGCAUUUUAUAGACGAGCAAACACAUUUUUUUUCCCCAAGCAAAGUAAUCCACCAAUGGGGUAAGCCAGGGGUGUCCAAGCUCGGUCCUGGAGGGCUGGUGUCCUGGAGAGUUUGGCUGCGUCCGAAAUAGCAUACUCCCAUACUAUAUAGUUCGCUAGAAUCAGUAUGCGAGCUGAGUAGUGUGUCCGAAUUCCUAGAAUUCGAAAAUCAGUAUGUGAGAAGUACCAGGAUGACUUACUACUUCCGGCGAGAUUCUAGAGUGUGCAUCCUAUGCAUGCUGCGCUAUCCCAUGAUGCCCCGCGAGAGAAUACAUGUAUGGGCGUGAAGCGACGCAAUUUAAUGCAGGUAGGUCUUGUGACCAUGACAAAAUGGCGGAUGUAGUACGUCCGAAUUCCAUUCAUACUUUUCACAUUCAUACUGUAUAGAACGCACUUUUAUAUCGGCCGAGUCGUACGUUU